AUGAUGGUAAUGAUUCAGUACAAUUUUUACUUAUUACAAUAUUACAUAAUAAUUUUACUAAGUUAUACUUUAAAUGAAAUUGAUGCCAAACAACAUAAACGUAUGUACCAACCUCUCUCGUUGGAACUAAUCAAUUAUAUCAAUUAUGAGGCCAAUACGACUUGGAAAGCUGCUCCUACUACAAGAUUUAGGACAGUAUCUGAUAUUCGUAGAAUGUUAGGUGCACUUCCAGAUCCAAAUAAUGAACAACUAGAGAUUUUAUGUGCUGGUUACACAUCAGAUGAAUUACCCAAGAGCUUUGAUGCGAGGGUAGAAUGGCCACAUUGUCCUUCUAUCUCUGAAAUACGUGACCAGUCAUCUUGUGGUUCUUGUUGGGCAUUUGGAGCAGUUGAAGCUAUGUCUGAUCGUAUUUGUAUAAAAUCAAAAGGGAAGCAUAAGCCAUUUUUAAGUGCAGAAAAUUUGGUAUCUUGUUGUUCAUCAUGUGGAAUGGGUUGUAAUGGUGGUUUCCCACAUUCAGCAUGGUUAUAUUGGAAAAACCAAGGUAUAGUAACAGGUGAUUUAUAUAAUACAACAAACGGUUGUCAGCCCUAUGAAUUUCCACCGUGUGAACACCAUGUAGUCGGUCCAUUACCUUCAUGUGGUGGUGAUGUUGAAACACCUCCAUGUAAAACAACUUGCCAACCAGGAUAUAAUAUAUCAUAUGAGAAAGAUAAAUGGUAUGGUGAAAAAGUCUAUCGCGUUCAUUCAAAUCCAGAAGCUAUCAUGCGAGAGCUAAUGCAAAAUGGACCAGUUGAAGUAGAUUUUGAAGUGUAUGCCGAUUUCCCAAAUUACAAAUCAGGUGUUUACCAACACGUUAGUGGAGCCCUACUUGGAGGACAUGCAGUGCGUUUACUUGGUUGGGGUGAAGAGAAUAAUGUACCCUACUGUGGCUUCUGUAAUUCAUCAUCAUCAUCAUCAUCAUCAUCAUCAUCAUCAUCAUCAUCAUCAUCAUCAUCAUCAUCAUCAUCAUCAUCAUCAUCAUCAUCAUCAUCAUCAUCAUCAUCAUCAUCAUCAUCAUCAUCAUCAUCAUCAUCAUCAUCAUCAUCAUCAUCAUCAUCAUCAUCAUCAUCAUCAUCAUCAUCAUCAUCAUCAUCAUCAUCAUCAUCAUCAUCAUCAUGA